CUGCUGGAAUGCCUGUGAGCAAUGAUUAGCUCCAAAGAGGAGGACUCGCUAAUGUUUAUGCAGUAUGUGGAAGACUGUGGACUAAGAGCAUAUAACAGAUUUGUCACGCAUAACAUCGACCAAGUGUGGAAUGAGAAAAGCAAGAUUAACUUUCAGGAGAAAAACGACAAGAAGCGAAAACAGGAAGAAGCCAUUAAAAGGGAGGAAGAAGUGGUCACCGAGGGUAAGCACCUGCGAAUGGGCUCAAUGAGCAUGCCGGCCCCUGCAGAGCAUGUGUCCCCUCACCAGCACCAGCACCCCUGUAACCCGGGCUUCAGCGUCCGCUCCCAGUCCCUGCACUCGGUGGGAGGAGUGGAGGAGGAGGGAAGCCCCACAUCCCGUAAGCAGCCUCCACCUAAACCCCGACGGGACCCCAGCACAAAACUCAGCAUCUCCUCUGAAGCGGUGGACAUCAGUCCCACUUACUGUAAAGGCGACGAAUCAGAGAGGUGUGAUGGAACACAAGGUUGCAGUGAGGACUGCAGGAAAGUUCCCCCACCGAAGCCUAAGAGGAACCCCAACACACAACUGAGCACUUCCUUUGAUGAAUCUUAUAUCCGCAGUCAUGGUUCAAAAGGUUCAACCAAUAUGCUCUUCUCACGAGAUGGCCAGACGCCUUCUCCUCAGCCGCAGGACUUAGAUGAACCUGUCUACAUUGAGAUGUCAGGGAACGUGGGGCAGGAAGCCACCCCUCGUACUGAGGAAGAUGAGCCAGGUGAGGCUGUCUAUGAAGAAAUGAAGUAUCCGGCACUUGAUGAGUACGACUCACGUUGGGAUCUUGUGAACUGUCGAUCGCUAUGUGUCACACCUUGCCCAAGUGAAUCUGAAAUCUAUACCCCUCUGAGCCGUUGUACGACCCCUCGAGGAGUGCCCCUUUGUGACAUUCCUGCCCCGUUCCCUAACCUGCUGUCCCACAGGCCACCUUUACUGGUUUUUCCUCCAGCCCCAGCUCAGUGUUCUCCCAACUCAGACGAGUCCCCACUUACCCCGCUUGAUGUAGCAAAGCUUCCUAUGUUUGAGAAUGGCUCUUUUGGCAAGUCCCCAACGUCAUCUUCUCUGGAACCUUCCGGCUCUGCCUCGACGUCGCACCUAAGGCGUGCUGAAAGGGAACUAACAGCAACUCCUACAAUAACAGCAUCUGGGCGCUCGUCCGCACCACCAUUGCCCUGUGCUCUCUAUAAAAGUUCCUCCUCUUCAUACAGUUACCAGCGCAGCCACUCGGCCUGCCCUUCACCAGUCAGUAUGGGCCGCUGCCUGACGCCCCUCAGCCUCAUGCGGUCACCACCUAUUGAUGGACCAUUUUCUGCAUCAGGCCUUCCUCGCAGCGCCUCCGCCACACCUCAUGGAAAGGCGUCCCCACCGCAGGAUGCAGGCUCAGGGGGACGCCAUCAUGGCUCCAUGCAGAACGUCUCAGUGGCGCGCUCACGGACGCCCACCAGCCCAUUGGAUGAACUCACCAAUCUCUUCACCACUGGGAGGAACAUGCUGAAGAAGAAUACCAGUGGCAGAAAAAGCAAGGAACCAGGAGAAAAUGAAUCCAAGGGAAAGAGUCACAGUUCUGAGUCCAAACGAGAGCACAAGGAGAGGAGCCAUCACAGCAAGGAAUCCAAGCGAGAUAAAGACCGCAGCAGCAAGUCCUCUCAUCGCCGGGAAGGCAAGGACAGAGAAUCAAAUGGUACUGAAGCCUUAUCUCGACAUGACUGCAGGGACUGUGGCUUCAGCACUACUGAUCCGUUAGCCAGAAGAGACAGCAAGGACAGAGGCUGUAAUGGGCCAGAGUUGCCUACUCGGCAAGAGAGCCAAGAUCGAGGCUGUAGCACUGAGGCAGUGCCUCGACGGGAUAGCAAAGACAGAGGCUGUAACAGUGCAGAACCCAUCAUCAGACGGGAUAGCAAAGACAGGAGCUGCAGCGGUGCAGAAUUGACCACCAGACGGGACAGCAAAGACAGGAGCAGCAAUGGUGCAGAACCGAUCACAAGACGGGACAGUAAAGACAGGAGCUGCAAUGGUGCAGAACCGAUCACAAGACGGGAUAGUAAAGACAGAAGCUGCAAUGGUGCAGAACCAAUUACAAGAUGGGACACCAAAGACAGGAACAGCAAUGGCCCAGAUUCUGUCAGCAGAAGGGACAGUAAAGACAGGGUCUGUAUUGGUCCAGAACUUUUGGCCAGACAAGACAGUAAGGAACUGCUAAGAAAUGGUCUUGACACAAGGCAUGACAGCCGAGAGAAAGCUUACUAUGGGAUAGACCUUCCUCCCAGACAUGAAAAUAAGGACCUGGGCAGAACAGGCUUGGAAAGUCGGCGAAACAGUAAAGAAGGUUCCAAGCAUAGCAUAGAAUCUAGUCAGGACAAGGAGAAAAGCAACCACAGUGCAGAGAGCAGGCGGGGGAGCAAGGAAAGGAUCAGCAAUGGCAAUGAUGUCAGGCGAGAAUGCAAAGAUAAAGGAGUACGCACAAAUGAUCCAAAAGAUAGAAGCAACUGUAGCACAGAAUCACCCAAAGCACAGGACAAGGACAAAAGGUCUGGACCUUCAACCAUGGUGUCUUCAAGUUGGUCAGGACGAUCCCCCAUGAGUCCAAAUAAUGUGCUGGGAAACUCAGACCUGAAGAUGGUUAUAAAGGAAGGACGGUCUUCCUCCACACCAGUAGCACCCUCACCUAAAGGCACACCUCAAAGACAGCCUCCUGAUGUCCAGCAGAUGCCCCCUAUGCCAUGGUUAUGUGGCGAUAGCACAAUGCUGGAGAUGAUAGAAAAGAAACAACGCCUCUGCCGGGAGAUACGCUCCCGUCAGCGACUUCCUGACUGCAGUCCAUGCAAGAAAGAGAGCCUGCCUAUCAUGCCCAGCUGGAAGAAAACAAACGGCUUAAAGAAGUACAGCCCCCCUCCAUACCCUACUCAGACCACAGUCUUCUGGGACACGGCUAUUUGACUCUUAAGAGUGCUUUAGGACCACGCUUUGCCUUUUAUUAUCAGGCAGAGUCGAGUGUGCUUCCUCCAGAAGAUGAGUGUGUGGGGUUAUAAUAGCAAUAUUUCAGAGGUUGCAGUUUAUGGGUUUUCAUAUCAUUGUUGAUAGCUAAUAUUUUUAUACUCAAUGUGACUCCUCAAUGACCUAGCAUCUAUAGAUAUUUUCUAAAUGAAAUGAAAUAUCUUUGUAAAGAUUAUG